GAACAAGACGCUACAGGGGCUGCUCAUCAGCCACCCCGGUUUAGCCUGGUGCUGGGGCGCCCAUGAGAGCACGGGGGGGUCCCCCAUCCGCCCCGGCUGCCCCCACCCUGCCUGAGCCUCCUGCCAGGGCGAUGCUGAGGCUCAGCUCGGCUGACCCCGGGCACGGAGGGAGCAGUCCCGCUCUGUCCCAGCCCUGUCACCUCCCCGGAGCGGUGCGGGACCAAAAGCAGAGGUUUCCUGGCCACCUGCAGCCCACGCUGCCCGCCCUGGCCGGCGCGGGGAGCUCCCGGGCGCUUCGUGCAUCUCCUUUAAAGGCCUUCUCUCCUCGGGCUCGGCCCCGGCCGCUCCGUGCGCCGCAGACGCGGCUGCUCUGCCCGCGGGGAGGCGGCGGGGCCGCAGCAGCCCCGAGCCCCAGCCGGGCCCAUGGGGGCCCGCCAGAGCUGAGUGCCGGCUCCCAGCCUCUGCCUUCGGCUGCUUGGGAGGAGUUCAGGCAGGUGCGCUGCUCCUGGAGCCUCUGCGCCCGGCAAAUGAAGCCGCUCGAAGGGACCUCGCCGGGACCGGGGGAGGAGGAGGCGCAGGGACCGGCCCAGGGGCGCCGGCGGCGGCAGCGGCAGAGGGCGAGCUGCCGACCCAGCCCCUCACCCCGCAGGGAGCAGCAGGCAGAGCUGCCCGGGCUCCCCACAUCUCCGGAUGAAGGCAGGAUGAGCAGCCCCCAGGGACACCCAGGUGGGGUUUUGGCCGGGAGCGAGCAGAGCGUGGAGCAAGCCAGCCAGGAGCCCGGCGGGGCCGUGCAGGAGCAGGCUGUGCCCCCUGGGGACAGUGACAGGACUAAAGAAGGUGCAGAAACCCUGGAGGAGCUGCUGAGCUUCCCCAGUGAGCUCUCAGUGCUGGACAGACUUGGCUUGCACAGGGUGGCUUUGACCGAGCAGGAUCUGGAGGCAGCCUUUGCCCACCUCGCCCUGGCUUUUCGCUGCGACGUGUUCACCCUGCAGCAACGGGUGCAGGUGGAGAAACGGGCACGGGAUGCAGCAGAGGAAAACAUCCAGGAGGAGCUGGGGCAGUGCCGGGCUGCCCUGGAGAGGCUGGGCCGAUCCUGUGCCAACGCAGGCUGCAAGGAGACGCUGGAGCAGCUGCAGCACAACCUGGCCGUGCUGUCAGCAGCUGUUGAGCGGGCAACCAGUGCUGCAGAGAAGCUGGGGGCUGUACACCAGGAGGCCCGCAUGAGCCGGGCAGCAGAGGUGAUGGUGCAGCACGUGGAGAACCUGAAGCGGCACCACCUGCGGGAGCACGCGGAGCUGGAGGAGAUGAAGCGCCUGAUCCAGCAGAACUCCCGGAACCGGCAGCUGGCAGAGACCCAGGAUGAUGCGGAGCCACGGCUGAGACCUCACCCCCUGAAGAGGACUUUCCAGCAGGGGUCUGCCCGCCGCAGGGUCAGCAUCGCCGUCAUCCCCAAGCAGCUCUUGGUGCCAGCCCUGAGAGCCGAGCAGCCCCAGCAGGUGACCUGGAGCCAGAGGGGGCCCAGCGCUGGCCCAGCACCCACAGGAGUGAGCUGGAGCCACAGGACAGUGCUGUGACCAGGAGGCUGGUGGCAGAGGCAGAUGGCAGAGGCUCAAGCGCAGGGAAUGAAGAGCCAGAGCAGCUUGGGCUGACGUGAGCAGCACCCUGAGUGUGCCCAGCAUCCCCCCGUGGCUGCUGGCCUGUCCGUGGUCCCCAGGUGGCCAGCACGUGGGCAGGGGCUGGGGAUUUAGUGGUGGAAGGCUGGGAUGUUGUUUGGCUGCCUCAGCUCAGCCCCGCCGGGCCUCAGUUUUGCCCGUUCCCUCCUCAGGCUUGUUCACUUGGGGUUGUAAAAGGACCAGUGAGGUUUGGGGCUGAGUUAAACAUCCCCCUUGUCCCCGAAUGGGGUGGAGGUGGGAUUUGCUCUCCCCCACGGAUGACACAUGUCCCUGGUCACCUUCUCCCCAGGUCCAAGGGGUCUGCAGCAGAGCUGUGGCGUCCGUGGCUCUUCUUCCCACAGCACUACUGGGUUUUCUUCUGGCUGCUUCUCCUGAGCAUCGCCUUCCUCCUCCUCAUCCGUGUCCUGGAGCUGCAGCGGCUGCAA